AUGCAUCUUUCUUCUAUCGUACUGGCCUUGGCUGUUGGGCCACUUGCAGCAUUCGCCUCCAAUGUCCUUGAAGCAGAUGCAAAGACAUUUUCCUCGCUGCUCGGAGACACACCUUCAUUGGUCGAAUUUUAUGCCCCUUGGUGCGGCCACUGCAAGAACUUGGCUCCAAUAUACGAGCAGCUUGCCGAUGCGUUUAGCAGUUCAAAGGAUAAGGUAAAGAUUGUCAAGGUUGAUGCGGAUGGUGAAGGAAAAGAACUUGGCCAGAAGUACGGCGUUACGGGUUUUCCCACUUUGAAGUGGUUCCCCGGAGGAGCCAAUUCUGAACCGGAAGAAUACGAUGGAGGAAGGACCUUGAUGCCUUGGUACAAGAAAAAGCCUGAGCCAAAGAAGGCAACUAGGCAGCUUGACCUUACGUCUUUCAAGAAGAUCGCGUUGGAUCCCACGAAGAAUGCACUUGUCGCUUUCACUGCCUCAUGGUGUGGGCAUUGUAAGGCCAUGAAACCCACUUUGGAGAAGGUUGCGAAAAACUUUGAGAACGAGGAGGAAUGCAUCGUUGCCGACCUCGACGCUGAUACCCCUGAAACCAAACCCCUCGCACAAGAAUACGGCGUUAGUGGAUUCCCUACGAUCAAAUUCUUCCCCAAGGGUGUUGAACAAACUCCUUUGGCGUACGAGAUUGGAAGAAGCGAGGCCGAUUUUACCGAGUUCCUCAACAAGCACUGCGGGACCCACCGCGCUGUUGACGGUGGCCUCAACGAUGCUGCUGGGCGCGUCGCUGCGCUGGAUAUACUCGCUUCACGAAUUUACGCUGUCGUCCCGGCCUCGAGAUCGCAGAUCUACGAUGAAGCAGUUGUUCUCAGCAAGGCUCUCGGUUCUUCCGCCGAUUAUUAUCUUCGUGUAAUGAAAAAGUUGGUCAACAGCACUGAGGAUUACGUUUCGAAAGAAGCCAAGCGGUUGGCAACUAUUCUCGAAAAGAAGACACUCUCUUCGAAGAAGCUUGACGAGAUUAAAGUUAAGGCUAAUAUCCUCGCUGCCUUCCUUGAGCAGGAUACUCCGAGGAGGCCGAGGAGGUGCAGCAGCAUAUCAAGGCGGAGUUGUAAACUGGGUAUCUCACAAUUGUGUCUAUCAUCGUAA